AUGACUCAAAGUAACCCCAUCCAACGAUAUUCGAAGUUUGAAGCAGGCCUUUCGACUUCACCUACUUCAAGUCCGGCUGGCUCCGGACGACCUCACUCAUCACUCACCAUUACCUCGACCCCUCGCCAACCAUCAUCCGAGCAGCAAGAAGCACUUCAAAUCAGAGCAAUGGCUGCCCAGCAGAUCUCUCCUACACCAAAGACACCAAAGACACCACUCAUGCCGUUCGCCUACGCUGAGUGGGACUUUGGCGGCGAGCUCUCGAUUCGCAAUGUCUUCAACAAGGACAACAUUGCGGCAACCCAGGCGAAGUUUGAAAGUGUCCUGGCUUCCCCGAUGGCUCCCAAGAAGUGGAAGGACAAGACUCCGGUCACAGCUGCAUCCCGUCGAGUCCUCCCCAGUGAACAGUCUGACCUUCAAAAGCUGCAUGGGCCUGAGCUAUACCGCAAGCUGUUCCGCGGCUGUGGUCUUCAUGAUGCCGAGAUGAUGCCCAAGAUCCUCAGCCGGCUGUCCAAGAUUGCGCCUAUGGUGUACCCUACACACACCGCACUUCACAAGAACCUAUUGGGCAUCCUUCGCGAGAUCAAGGUCCGCGGCGAUGCUGCGCGAUGGGCCGACGAUUCCAACCUGCGGGCUGAUGCGCUCGAAGUAGAAGCCGUUCUGGCCCAUAUCAUCUAUGGUGCAAGUGGCGAGGGCUAUCUCAGCAUCGCCAAGAGCCUCGUCCAGCUUCUCAAAGAGACUGGGCUCGCCUGGAUCCUGCUUUCUACUGAGGCCCAGCGCAUCCCGCCGUGCUGGGAAGCCUGGGCACUCAAACGCCGACAGGCAAUCCCCGGCCUUCAACAACUCCGUCUCAAAGAGCUCACGCCCAGCCGUGGUGGGAGCGGCUCGUUCAGCGUCGACUCUCCAACACCUGGCCGGCAGGGAGAUCACGACGAUGACGUCUUUGUUGACCACGAUGAUUCGCACUCUCAUCAGGCUAUUGACAACAAUGCUCACCAGACUCUCAAAUACACCCCGCCCUCUGCAUUGAGACCCUUGUUCGGUGAUGGCCCGUUCAGCGCCGCUCGCACGGAUGCGUUCGACCCUCCCUUUGACAAGGAGCCACGCAGCAGCGCAACCGUCUCCGGUCAAGACACGCCCACCGACGACUCCCACCCGAGAUCUCCGCCCUUCAAUGGCGAGAACAACAUGAACUGUAUGGGGGCCGACAGCCUCGAGGACGUCCGUGGGAUGCUAGAGACCAACAAAGCUAUGAUCACCAGCCUCCAGAAGUGUCUGGAGAAGCAGACGCAAGCCCAGUCGGAGCUCUGCGCCAAGCAUGUCCAGCAGAUCAGCGAGAUUCUGGACACCCACACAAGCCGCAUUCGUGCGCUGCAGGAUACUCACGCCAAGCAGAUCCAGGAGAUCCAGGCUGCCCACUCCUCCCUGGUGCGCGAAAUCCAGGCCGUCCACGGCAGCCAGAUCCAGGAGAUCCAAGCGACCCAUGCCGCCCAGAUCCAGGAGACCCAGGCGUCUCAAGCCAGCCAGGUCCAGAAGAUGCAGGCCACUAUAGAAGCAAACGAGUCUGCCAUGCGAGACAUGAGAGGCUCCCAGGACACGGCGCUCAAGACGGCCGUGGAGCAGCUCGAGGCCAAGAUGCAGAGCAAGUUCGACCAGGCACAGCAGCACUUCCAGUCGCUGUACAACAACAUAACCCAGCCAACACAGGUGCACUAUUUCACUGCCAGCCCUCCCCAGCAGCAGCAGCAACAGUACGCCACUGGCAUGCCCCCCAUCCAGCAAUACUACAGUAGCAUGCCUGCCAUGCAGCACUACCCCGUCAACAUGGUGCAGCCCCGACCUGCCCCAGUUCAGCCGGUGAACUACGACGAGUGGAAGCAGAAGCAGGCGCAGGAGCAGCAGCAGCAGCAGGUCUCUCUUGGCAAGCGUGCCAUCGAGCCAGAGGUGUAUGAUGUUCCAGACAAGCGUCGGAAGCUGGACAACGUAUCCGAGUGCUAG